AUGCCGUUUAAAAACAUAUUCAGUUCAUCAUCAACUUCAUUGAAUGACCAACAAUCGACUUCGUCGCAUCGAUCGUUUCUAAAACUGAGGAAUAACCAUAGUUCACGCCUGAUAACGCCUAUGUCGACCGCCAGUUCAGCGGCAUCUAAACGAAACGGAGAUACUAGUUCGCCACAACCACCGGGACAGAACAACAAUUCUAAUAAUCAACAGCUGCUGCAUAACCAACAUCACCAUCAUCACCAUUACCAAAAUCAAAAUAGCCUGCAUCAUAAUAGUCCCUUUUCAAACCAUUCGUCGAAAAAUCACUCCCCUGCAUCGUCAAACAGUGAAAUCUCGAAUGGGAAAGAGCAUGGUGGGAAUUCAUUGAAACGAUUCCUCAAGAAAUUUAAACCCAGUGGACCCACCCAUAAGCAAGCAAAACAUUUUGGUGCGGGAAAACCUGACCCUAUAAACCCUGCUGCCGAUUUAUUCAAGAAAUACGGCUCACCAGGCAAAUUAUUAGGAUCAGGUGCUAGUGGAUCAGUCAAUUUACUAACUUCGAAAACUGAUCCGACUAAAAUAUUUGCUGUCAAAAAAUUCAGAAGUAGAUUACCCAAUGAACAGGAAUCGGAUUACAAUAUCAAAGUACAAAAUGAAUACAAAGUGGGUGAAUAUUUAGAUCACCAGAAUAUAAUUCACACAUACGAGUUGAUUAAAGAUUACUCAAAAGUUGGUGGCAAAACGACUGAUCCUGAUUAUUACAUUGUUAUGGAAUAUUGUCCGUUUGAUUUUUUCAAUUUGGUAAUGAGUGGAUUAAUGAGUGAAAAUGAAGUCAAUUGUUAUUUCAAACAAAUCGUGAAAGGUGUCCAUUUCUUACAUGAACAUGGAUUAGCUCAUCGUGAUUUGAAAUUGGACAACUGUGUCGUCAACACACAAGGCAUUUUGAAAUUGAUUGAUUUUGGAUCAGCUGUCCAAUUUGAAAAAGAAGUGCCCAAGGGUUAUUAUGUUACUGACGAUGAUAUAAUGUUGGAUUCAACUCAUAAAUUGCUCUUUGCUAGAGGUGUUGUUGGAUCGGAUCCUUAUUUGUCACCCGAAGUUUUUGAGCCAAUAGGGUUGGGCAAUGGCUAUGAUCCACGAACGGCUGAUGUUUGGUCAAUUGCUAUAAUAUAUUGUUGCAUGAUUUUGAAACGGUUUCCUUGGAAAUUACCCAAAUUGAGUGAUCCUUCUUAUCGAUCAUUUGCUGGACCUCAGUUGAAUCCAGGCACAGCUACUACUGCCGGGGUUGAACAGGAUAUGAAUAACUUACAUAUAGAUCACAACCAGCAACAGCAGUAUCAAGAUAGACAUGCGCACCAUGGACCCCAAGGACCGGAAAAGUUGUUUCGCUUGUUGCCACAAGAUUCACGAAACUUGUUAAAGAAUAUGUUGAUUUUAAACCCAAAACAGAGAUAUUUAAUGUCUGAUGUGGCAAGAGAUCCGUUUCUACAAAGUAUAAGAGAGUGUAAAGUCAUUGGUGACCGUGAUGAUCUGCAUACAGUGCCAAGUGAUAACCAUACUCAUCAUUUGGUAUCUGAAGACGAUUUGAAAAAGAUUGAACAAGAAAAAGAACGAGCAAAGAAGAUGAGAGAAGCAGGAAUGGGUUAA